CUAUUGUUGAUCAUUUGAAAGUUUUCAUUGAGUUAUAAUUUUAUUCUUUGACAUGUUUCUUCUGUUGUAGCGGUAAGAGCAGCAUGAUGUGGAAGUUUAUCUGACACUUAAAUAUUUGAUUGGUUGUUUUUUUAUUUGGUUAAUUGAUUGAGGAGACUCAAUUUAAUUUCAACCAUGUCAUACACGAAAUAUGCGUGGUGAAUGGGAAAUAUGAAAAUUUUGCUUUUUUCCGGCAUUUUAAUAUAAUGUGGCUAUUAUCUUAGCUAAUUGUAUUCCCCUUAGUUCGUAGGAUAGUGAUUGUAUACGUAUGGUACUUGUAGGAUAGUGAUAGUAUACGUAUGGUACUUGUUUCUUAUUUUUUUAAAAAUAACUAUUGUAUAUCAUGUCGACACCAUUGAUAUACGUGUUCUGGGAACAACAAAACAAGACUUUGCUAUGAGUAUCAGCUUAUUACAUAGACGUUCUCUUCUAGAAAUUGUAAUUUCUACUAUUUAUUUUAUUUUCAGGAUCAUUUCGCAUUGAUGAUGGAGCUUCUUGGAGUGAUGCCUCGCAAAAUUGCAUUAGGUGGCCGCUAUUCAAGGGACUACUUCAACAAAUAUGGUGAGUUGAGGCAUAUUCGUCAAUUGCGCUUUUGGCCUCUUAAUAAGGUGUUGACUGAGAAGUAUGAUUUCAGCGAGCAAGAUGCUAAUGACAUGGCUGACUUUCUUGUUCCUUUAUUGGAUUUUGCACCUGAAAAGAGACCAACAGCGGCACAAUGUCUCAGCCAUCCGUGGUUGAGUUCCGUCCCAAGAAUUCUUGAAUCUUCUGAAUCGACCCAUCAAAAUCAGCCCAAAGAUCAGAACGCUUCAACUAAAAUAAGCGAGAAUGACGAGAGAGAAGCUAUGGAGAUUGGAAUGGGAAACAUAGCUAUUGAUGGAACUUCGAAAUCGACGUCGUCGAAACAGACAUGACUAGACACGCAACGUAAGCGAUUUCAGGCUAUGUUUCGUGCAGUAUAGUCUCGAUUUGUAGCUCAGGUUUCCAUCAGAGUUGGAAACAUAUUCAUGAACGACAUGGAUUCAGCGUUGUCCUACAUGCUAUCUGAAGCAAUCAUCAUAUUGUGCUUGGAGAGGGUAGACCAGCUUUCGUAGGCCCAUCUCGAGCAACUUCGAACAAUGGAUUGUUUUGAGAGAGAGGGUGCGUUCGAGUAUGGUUUGCAUAUCUUUACAAACUACUAUUAUUUCCAGGUCUCUUGUAGCACAACUUUCUGGAUCAGAAUUUCUUCAUGAAACUUUGAACAGAUAUAAAAUAUAUUUUUGGUGCUA